AUGCAAGCUUUCACGGUUCAUCUAAUUGCACGAGCUGACCCGGUGAAGUACAUUAUGUCAAAACCAGUCUUGACAGGGCAUUUGGCGAAGUGGGCGUUAUUUCUCAAUCAAUAUGAGAUCAUCUACACUCCAGCAAAGGCGGUUAAAGGUCAAGCUGUUGUAGACUUCCUAGUCGAUCAUCCAAUUUCAGCAGACUGGGAAAUUUCAAAUGACUUACCUAACAAACAAGUCUUCUUCGUUGACAUUUCUCCUGCUUGGAUGAUGUUCUUUGACGGAUCGACUCGUAUAGAUGGGGCAUGGGUUGGCGUAGUCUUCAUAUCACCCGAGAGACACUGA